AUGAAUAGGUUUGUGCGCUCGUCGAAGUACCGUCACGUGUUUGGGUCUUCUGCCAAGCUAGAGGAUUGCUAUUGCAAUCUCAAGGUGUCUAAGAACCCGUGGGACUCGCCGUACGUUGCUGUGAAUACGGAGUAUCUUGCGGUUUGUUGGAACACGAGUGGUGGCGGCGCGGCUGGAGUUAUUCCGCUUUCCAGCACAGGGAAGUUGUCCGACGUGUCGCUUUGCGACGAGCAUACGAGACCCGUUUUGGACGUUGCCUUUAGCCCUUUCAUGAAUCGGUUGUUCGCGACGGCAUCUGAGGACUCUACGGCCAAGGUGUGGCUGAUUCCGCCCGAAGGGCCAAAGGGGAACAUAUCUAAGGCGGCGCAGACGCUGCAGGGACACGGACGCAAGGUCGGCACUGUGACGUUCAACCCCCGUUGCGGAGAACAUCUUGGCGACGUCGGCCAUCGACUUCAAGGUCAAAAUAUGGGACAUUGA